AUGAGUAUUCUAUGUUGGAACUGUCGGGGGCUUGGGAACCGGCAGACAGUUCAAGAGCUCGGAGACUUAAUUCGGGCACAAGAUCCCUCAGUGAUGUUUUUAGCCGAAACAUGGCUGGAUGAAUUUAGGCUAAUUAGUUUACGUGACUCAUUUCGUUUUGGUCAUCAUCAUGGGGUCUCUAGAUCAACCCGUGGUGGUGGUUUGGUGUUGUUUUGGAAAAAAGACUUGGAUUUACAGGUAAUGUCUUCCUCCCAUAAUCACAUUGAUGCUUUGGUUAAUAGAGGAAAUGAAAAUGGUUGGCGUUUUACGGGUUUUUACGGAGCACCUGAAACUCAGCUUCGGUGGAAAUCUUGGGAUUUAUUAAGAGAUUUAAAUAAUCGCUUUUCGAUUCCGUGGUUGUGCGGUGGUGAUUUUAACGAACUUUUGAAAACUCAUGAGAAGUUAGGAGGACGGCUACGACCGUAUGGGCAGAUGCAAAAAUUUCGAGAAGUUCUUGAUGAAUGUGGUCUGUUCGAUCUUGGUUUUGAAGGAAACAAAUUCACUUGGUUCAAAAAAUUCCCGGAUGGUGGUGUUGUGUGGGAAAGGCUGGAUAGAGCAGUGAGUUCGGUGGCAUGGUAUGAUUUAUUUCCUGCUUCAAAGGUUAUUACAUUGGUUUGUGCUUCCUCCGACCAUAGUCCAAUUUUGAUCCUUCCUGAGGGGAUCACGUCAAAGCCCCAAUGCCCCUGGAGGUUUGAACAAAUGUGGCUUGAGGAGCAGGGCUGCCACGAUUCUGUUAAAAGAGCUUGGAAAAAUAUCUCCUUUGAGCCGCCCAUGCCCAAAGUUAUUCAGAAUGUGGAAUCCUGUAAAGCUCAGUUGAAAGUAUGGAGUAAGAAGGGUUUUUGCAACAUUGCCAAUACUUUAAGGGAGAAAAAAAAGACUUUGAUGGAAGCUGAAGAAGUGGCGGUGAAUGGAGGAAGUAUAUAG